AUGUCUAUAGCGAACUUUAUGAAGAGGUGGAGCAAGAAGUUCCUAGAAGUCAAACUUGGCCAACCGAAACCAGAGGGUUGUUGGCCUAGUUGCCGCAGGGCUUUCGCAAAACUCAUCUCCGGCAUUGACUUCAUCAUGACGCCGUUUCAAGUCACUACAGAUGAUGAGGAACUCGCCGAAGACAGGCAGAUUCAGAUCGACCAGCUACGCGCUACCCUUGCCCAGAAGGAGACUAUAAUCGGCGACUUGAAAGAGACAGUCCAGGAGAAGGAUGAAAACAUCGAAGAAUUAGAGAAAGCGGCCCAGGAGAAGUCGGAGAAUGAUGCAGACCCUAAAUUACAUUCAUUUUAG